AUGAGGAGGUGGACUCACAUUUUGCUCGCCUCCUUCCCCAAGGAAUUCACGCUGUCCACUGAGAAAAUUGCCGACAGACAGGAUGAGAACGUGGAACGAGGCAACUGGUCGAGCAAAACGGACUAUCUCCUGUCCAUGGUCGGCUACGCCGUGGGCCUGGGCAACGUGUGGCGAUUUCCAUACCUGACCUAUCAGAAUGGAGGAGGAGCCUUCCUGAUUCCCUACACCAUCAUGCUGGCCCUGGCCGGCCUCCCUUUGUUCUUCAUGGAAUGCUCCCUGGGACAGUUUGCCAGCUUGGGACCCGUUUCGGUCUGGAGAAUCCUCCCCCUUCUUCAAGGAGUGGGAAUCACCAUGGUGAUCAUCUCCACCUUUGUGACCAUUUACUACAACGUCAUCAUUGGCUACAGCCUCUACUACUUGUUUGCCUCCUUCCAACGGGUCCUCCCGUGGGCCGAAUGCGACCCGGAGUGGGCAGACAACAGAUGCAGCAAGACGCCAAUCGUGGACUUCUGCAAUGUUACGCUGGAUAACAUCAUCACCCAGGUGAAUUACACGUGGGCGCAGAGUCAGAACCUCACCUGCAUCAACAAAACCCAGGUGUUUGCAGAUACCCAGGUUCCCAGCGAGCAGUAUUGGAACAAUAAGGUCCUCCAGCGGACGGAGAACUUUGGCGAAACCGGGGGGAUUGUGUGGUAUCUAGCUCUGUGCCUUCUCCUUUCCUGGCUGAUCGUAGCAGUUUCCUUGUUCAAAGGAAUCAAGUCUUCUGGAAAGGUUGUGUACUUCACAGCCAUCUUCCCUUACGUUGUCCUGAUUAUAUUGUUGGUACGAGGAGUCACCCUGGAAGGUGCCCAGGAGGGAAUCGAGUACUACAUUGGGAGCCAGUCCAAUUUCACCAAGCUUAUGGAGGCAGAGGUGUGGAAAGAUGCAGCCACACAGAUCUUUUUCUCUCUCUCUGUUGCCUGGGGCGGGCUGGUCGCCCUCUCGUCCUACAACAAAUUCCACAAUAAUUGCUAUGCCGACGCCAUUUUCGUCUGCGUGACCAACUGCCUCACCAGCGUCUUUGCCGGCUUCGCGAUCUUCUCCAUCUUGGGCCACAUGGCGUUCAUGGCCGAUAAGAAAGUCUCCGAGGUCGUAGAGUCAGGAUUUGACUUAGCCUUUGUGGCCUACCCUGAAGCCCUUUCCCAGCUACCAGUGGCUCCUCUGUGGUCCUUUUUGUUCUUCUUCAUGCUUCUCCUUCUGGGUCUUGAUUCCCAGUUUGCCACCAUCGAAACCAUCACUACCACCAUCCAAGAUACCUUCCCUGCAGUGAUGAAGAAAAUGAGGGUUGUCGUGACGAUGGGGCUGUGCCUGCUGCUGUUCAUGCUGGGGCUGGUGUGCGUGACCCAGGCAGGAAUCUACUGGGUCAACUUGGUGGACCAUUUCUGUGCAGGCUGGGGUAUCCUCUUUGCAGCUGUCCUUGAACUGGUGGGAAUUUGCUGGAUUUAUGGAGGAAACCGAUUUAUCGAAGACAUCGAGAUGAUGAUUGGGAAGAAAAGCUUCCUCUUCUGGCUGUGGUGGAGAUCCUGCUGGUUCGUCAUCACGCCUUGCCUCUUGCUCGCCAUCUUGGUUUGGUCCCUGAUCACUUUCUCACCCCCCAAGUAUGGCAAAAAGCCAUACCCGGAGUGGGGAUCCGCCAUCGGCUGGUGCAUGAUCAUUUUCUGCCUUAUUUGGAUCCCGGUGGUGGCCAUCUACAAGCUCGUCAAGGCGAAGGGCAGCCUGUGGCAGCGCAUUGUCAUCUGCUGCAAGCCCAAACCCACCUGGGGGCCAUCCCUGGAGUGCCACCGUGGAGAGAGGUACAAGGACAUGGUGGAUCCAGCCAAGAAGGACGUCGAGAUCCCCACCGUGGACGGCUACAUCCGCAAGCUGGAAUGAAGAG